CAUGCGUGUACAGAGCUGGUUAGUGAGUGAACACAAACAGACGAACGGCACCGAGCUGUUGUAAAGAAUGUGACAGCAUCUUUUUUAUUUAAGUCUCAAAACCUUGUCGCCAAAUUUUUUUUGGCAUAUUUUUUCUCACUGAUAUUGUGUUGAAGAAGUCAUGGAGCCGAUAACGAAGUGGGCGCCGAAGCAAGUUGUCGACUGGAUGAAAGGUUUGGAUGACAGCCUGCAGCAGUAUGUGAGCAACUUUGAGCGGGAGAAGAUCAGUGGGGAGCAGCUACUGAAGAUCACACAUCAAGACUUGGAGGAGCUCGGCGUGGCCAGGAUUGGACACCAGGAGCUGGUGCUGGAGGCUGUCGACCUGCUCUGUGCUCUGAACUAUGGCGUAGAGACGGACAACUUGAAGAAUCUGGUUGUGAGGAUGAGAGCUGCCACCAACAGUCUCCACAUGGCCACGUCUGAUCGCAGAAAAAGCCCAGCAUAUGAAAGCAGCAUGUCUCGCAAGCCACCCAACGACUUCCUUACUUCUGUGGUGGAGCUGAUUGGAGCUGCAAAGAGCCUCCUGGCUUGGCUUGACAGGACGCCUCUUACAGGGAUCAGUGACUUCACAGCCACCAAGAACAAGAUCAUUCAGCUGUGCCUGGAGCUCACCACCACAGUUCAACAGGACUGCAGUGUUUACGAGAUGGAAGAGAAGAUCCUCGAAGUUUCGAAGAUUUUGAACAGCAUCUGUGAUCAGACCGUGAGAACCACCUCUGACCCCCUGAUGAGCCAGUCGGCCUGCUUGGAAGAAGUCCAGCUGACCAAUAUCAAGCCUGGAGAGGGUUUGGGGAUGUACAUCAAGUCUACUUACGAUGGGUUACAUGUCAUCACGGGAACCACAGAGCAUUCACCUGCAGACCUGACCAGGAAGAUCCAUGCAGGUGAUGAGGUGAUCCAGGUUAACCAGCAGACAGUGGUGGGCUGGCAGCUGAAAAACCUGGUUGUCAAACUGAGGGAGGACCCCAAAGGUGUGGUUCUCCUCCUCAAGAAGAGGCCCACUGGCACAACAGGUUUCACCCCCGCCCCGCUCAAGAACAUGCGCUGGAAGCCCCCUGUACCUCAGAACAAUUCCUCCUUGAUCAGAGCCCAGUCUCCCUGCGGCUCAGCUAACGGAACAACCAAAAAAGAGAAGCCAGCUAUCCUGGACUUGUACAUCCCCCCUCCCCCUCCAGUACCAUACACCCCACGAGAGGGGAGAACAGACUCCUUCUCCAGCAUUAGUAAAAGACCAAAGGGCUCUGAGUCACCCAACUCCUUUCUGGACCAGGAGAGCAGGAGACGCUGCACCAUCGCAGAUUAUGACAAGCUAAGCAUCGGCUGUCCCAUCACGGCUAAUGUGAUACAGCCCAGAAUGAGAGAGCACAAGCCUUCGCGUGGAAAGCCCCGGCCUCUGUCCAUGCCAGCGGAUACUUGUGUUGGAGUGGUAGAUCCCUACGCCAAGCCCUGGGCACAGGGAAGGAAAGGUGAAGACCUGCUGUACAGAUACUUGAGCAAUGAGAGGAUUCCCACCAUAGCAGAGGAGGUGCCCUCAGUGUCCCCCCCCUACAGGCCUGCGGGGGAACGUCACCUGGUCAGAGUGGAUCACAUCCGGGGCAGCCGUUACUACUCCAACUCAGACCUCCACAACAGCGCUACCAUCCCUUACCAGGAGGACAUGAAGAAGGCCCCCAUAGCCCCCGUCUCCAAGCGCACGACAGCAGAACGCUCACUACUGGUCAGUUGGAUCACGCGGCUUAAGCUAUUGACUCACUGAUGAUGCGCUUCCUGUCCAGGGCUUCCUGUUCCUGUCUUGUGUCCUUCCUCAGUGCCUUUGAUUUUUAACGUCCAGCUGUUUUUUUGGCAGCUUCGGGCUUUCUCACACUCCUCUCUCCCCAACCUCCAUAUUUCCCUGGCGUUACUACUACUACCAACUACUACUCCUCAACCAAACUUGCUUCUGUAGUACUCACUACAUUAUAUCAUCACCCCUUUAACACUGCCCACAAUCCUCCUCGUCUCUGACUACAAGUCCCUUCUCUGCCUCAAGAGGAUACAGUUUGUUCAGGUUUAGGACACUUUGGCCUUGUGUGCUGUUUCUUGACUCCUCUGUACAUAUUAAGUUAUGUCAUGUUUAGUUUAAAUGCUCUCUGGUACCAUUAUUUAAUACUUCAGAAAACAUGCCUGAUAUCAUUUCAGCUAUUUGCUUAUUUUGAUUUUAUUUGCGUAAAUAAAUUAUAAAAAUAAAACUAAGUGAAACAAACAGCAUAUUUUGUUAGUGAAACUGUGCUUUUGCUAUACAUGUUAUUUUUUCUUUUUCAAAUUACACUUUUGUGAUCAGUUAGUUACACUACCCUCUGCCAAUGGUUGCCUCUUGUAAGCUAUGCAUAUUCUUCAGAAAGAUUUUUAAAGUCACUUUACAGUGACUUGACAGUGCUAUUUUGGUUGGUAAAAGGAUCUUUAUAUCUUGUCACUAGCAAAUACAGUAUUUGUGCUGGUUUUACAGCUAUGCACAGUAAACUCUGCAAUUACCCAUCUAAAGGGGCCUAUAUAUACAGCUGGUUGACGGUAAUAACUGGUCUUUUAAAGCCAGUGUUUUGAACCAGUCCUUUAGGAAACACAGGUCAAAUGGCCUUCUAUUAGCUCAUGCUAUGGAAAGACCACACAUCACAAGAGACAGAAUGACAGUAUUAUAUAAGACAAUACAGGGAAGAAGUGUUUGUUGUUGCUUUAUCUGCCUUUUUGUAAGAUUUGA